AUGCAAUUCCAAUCGCGCGUAUCCACAGCCACCGUGCACGAACUCCUCUUCGCCGACGACUGCGCCCUGAACACCACCUCGGAAGAGGAGAGGCAACGGAGCAUGGACCUGUUCUCCGCCGCCUGCGAGAACUUCGGUCUGGUCAUUAACACGCAGAAGACGCUGGUGAUGCACCAACCGCCACCCAACUCAGCCACAGUCCCCAACGCGCCGCCACAAAUCAGCGUGAACGGAACCCAACUACAAGUGGUGGAGAACUUCCCGUACCUGGGCAGUACCCUCUCCCGCAACACCAAGAUCGACGACGAAGUGGCCAACAGGAUCUCGAAAGCCAGUCAAGCCUUCGGUCGCCUCCAAAGCACAGUUUGGAAUCGCCACGGACUUCAGCUGAGCACGAAGCGGAAGAUGUACAAGGCCGUCAUCCUGCCGACGCUACUGCAUGGAGCGGAGACUUGGACGGUGUACGCAAAGCUGGCACGUCGUCUGAACCACUUUCACCUCUGUUGUCUCCGUCGCAUCCUGAGGCUGAACUGGCAGGAUCGAAUCCCCGACACUGACGUGCUGGAACGGACGGGAAUCCUCAGCAUCUACGCCAUACUUAGGCAAAUUCAGCUGCGCUGGAGCGGCCACCUGGUGCGCAUGGACGACGAGCGACUACCCAAACGACUCUUCUACGGAGACGUCGCGACGGGUUCUCGCCGUCAAGGAGGCCAGAUUCGCCGUUACAUUGAUACCAUGAAGUCCUCCCUGAAAUGCCUGCAAAUCAACCCCACCAACUGGGAGGAGCUCGCACUCGAUCAACCGACCUGCAUGAGGAAAGUGAAGACGGGCGCUGCGAUCUACGAGGCCAACCGCAUCGCUGCCGCCAAAGCGAAACGUGAAGCCCGCAAAUCACAACUUCGCCCAAUACGCAACGCCGCCGCACAACCGCUUCCAAUGUGUCCUCGAUGUCAACGGACAUUCCGGGCUAGAAUCGGACUUGUUGGACAUGUUCGGAUCAACUGCGCCUCUCGAACUGCACCAACCAUUGGCCCCCCACCCGCCUCUUCCUCCUCUCCACCGCCAACUAACUGA